AGAGAAAUGAAGGUCUGGAAAGAUCUCAAACACCCCAAUAUUGUUGAGUUUAUUGGUUAUGCAAUAGAGCACGAAGUUGGUGGAGUUACUGCUGCUCUGGUGUCGCAAUGGUGCGCCAACGGGAAUGUUGUGAAGUACCUGGAACAGAAUCCUGCUGCCGAUCGUGAGAUGCUAGUAUCCGACGUAGCUCGGGGGCUACUGUACCUCCAUAAUCACGAUGCUAUUAUUGUCCACGCAGAUCUCAAACCACUCAAUAUCCUAAUCAACGACACGGGGCGUGCCCAAUUGUGUGAUUUCGGACUAUCCCGUAUCCUUGACGGUCUUCCGACAGGGCAAACAACUUCUGAUCAAGGAGGAACACUCCGAUUCCUGGCGCCAGAGUUAUUAGAGAGCUCUGAGGAAGAUUCUCAUCCUACUACAAAGAGCGACGUUUACGCUUUUGGGUGCACGUGUGUACAAGUGAGUGGGAGUGCCUUAGGUCGAUCGGAACUUACCGUGGCAUCUCGAAGAUUCUCUUUGAUCAUCCACCAUACCAUUGGCUGA